AUGAAGAACAUCGUCUCUCUCGCCUUGCUUGCCAUGGCCACCUUUGCAGUGGCCGACUACGAUGUAAAUCACCUUUCUUCUAAUGCACCGUCCAAGCGUUCCUUCGAUUCCUCUUCUUACGGAAGUCACCCAAACAAGGGUGACAAGUCUCAUAUGCCCGACAAGCCCUCCUUUUCCAAGUGCACCACGACCACGACCACCAGCACCACUAAGACGAAGACCACAACAGUUCAACUUUCAUCUUCAUCCUCAUCCUGUUCCUCCUCGACCUCUUCCUCUCUUUCUACUUGGACUAAAUCUACCUCUAAAUCUACCAUGACAUCUUCCACCGCAUCUUCAACCUCUCCUACUACCACUUCUACCUGUCUUUCUACUUCGACCAAAUUUACCUCCGUCUCCGCGUCUCUCUCUAGCACCGCUUUCGCCACCGCUUCUACCGCUACAUCUUCCUCCACCCUGUCCCCCGCUUUUUCGACUUCUUCGUCCUCUUCAGCCGGAACCACGACCACUCAGCUUUCCUCUUCAUUGCCAUUAUCUUCUGCUUCUUCUUCUUCUUCUUCAGCCCAGACCAAGACUCUCGAGACAAAGACCAUUAACCAUUCGUCCUCAAAGUCGCACAAGCCAAGCCAACCACCCCAGAGUUGGACCACCAGCACCGUGACCCUGACCUCGACCUCGACCUUCCUCGAGUGCCCGACCGCGAGCCCGGACUGCCCCAUCAAGAAGCCCGCCACCACCACCGUCGUCGUCGUCACCACCACCGUGUGCCCCGUCACCAGCGCGACCCCGCCGCCCCCUCCGCCGCCGCCCAAGACCACAACGGCUUCCCCUCCUCCCCCGCCGUCCUCGCAGCCGCCCAAGACGACCGGAACUGCCUCACCUGCUCCUCCCCCUCCUCCUCCUCCCCCACCGGCACCUCCUGUGUCCAGCGGCUAUUCUUCUUCUUCUUCUUCGCUGCCGCCUCCCUCACCUCCUAAGACCACCGUGCUUCCGCAGCCCCAGCCCCCUGCUACCUCAGCCACGACCUCUGCACCGCCAGUCGUAACCGCCGCCGCCAACGCUCAGCGUGCCGGUGGUAUGCUCGCCGCCGUUGCCCUGGCCGCUGCCAUUCUCUAA